AUGGAGUUCAUAAAACAGGACGAGUUUAAAUACAUUCGAGCUCUGGGUGCUCUAUACUUGCGAAUGGUCUUCCCGUCGCUUGACACGCUUGACAUCUACAAUUAUUUGGAGCCAUUGUAUAGUGACUUUCGAAAGCUUCGGGUGGUGAUAUGGGCAGUAGGAUUCGAAUUGAUGUAUAUGGACGAUUUCAUUGAUAUGCUAUUGCGAGAAGAGUCCGUGUUCGACAUCCAAAUGUCACGCUUACAGAAACGAAUCGCUCUUGAAGAAAUAGCGGCCAUCGAGGAGUACAAAUCGCCUCUUGACGAGGAUCUUAGAAAGGUCUCCGAGUCUGAAUCAGACGAUGAUGAUAAGGCCACGCGCAAGAAGGAGAGGCCAAGUUUGAUUAGCCGAAAAAGAAGCAGAUCUCGAGAGCGUGGAGAGCGUGAUCGCGACGAUCGAAAGAAUCGUGAUAAGAAAGAAAGAAAUAGAUCUCGUGAA